GUUUUGCCCACCAAAACAAAACACCACCAGACUGCGGAGACGAGAAGGUGGUUUUGGUUGUUGGUCGUUCGUUGGUGGAGACAAAACAAAGGCAAGUAAGUGGGAGUGCGUGGAGAGCAACAACAACAACAACAACAACUGCCACGAUGGCCAGCAAGGACCACCAGGUGGCGGCCCUGCGCAAGCAGCGCGAGACCAUUCAGACCAAGACCUUCAUCAAGUGGAUGAAUUCGCACCUGAAAGACCUCGGUUUGCAGGUGGAAGUGCUUGAUGAUCUGCAAGAUGGCAUCUGCAUCCACGCCACCCUUCAGAAGCUGGCCGACGAGCAAUUUAAACUGCCCAGCAAGAAGCCGCGCAUGCGCAUCCAACAGAUUGAGAACGUCAACGCCUGCCUCACCUUCAUGAAGUCCAAGGAGAUCAAACUGGAGGCGAUUGGCGGGCAGGAUAUUGUCGACGGCAACGUCACCCUCACACUCGGCCUCCUCUGGACCAUGGUCCUCUGUUUCCAGCUUGAGGAGGUUGAGGGUGAGGAUGCGAAAAACGCAAAGGAGGCGCUGCUGCGGUGGUGCCAGCGCAAGACCAAGGGCUACCCUGGUGUAAAGGUCGAGAACUUCACCACCAGCUGGCGCGAUGGUCUCGCUUUCAAUGCUCUCAUCCACAAGCACAGGCCUGACCUCAUCAACUUUGAUGCGCUCGAUCCAAAGGACCCGAUCACGAACCUCAACAACGCAUUCGACAUUGCCGAGCGAGAACUUGGCAUUACAUCCCUCCUCGACGCUGAAGAUGUGCUUGACUUCCCCGACGACAAGUCGAUCAUGACAUAUCUGAUUGCGUACUACCAGAAGUUUGCCAAGAUGGAGCAGGACGACGUUUGGAAGCGGCGCCUCAACAACGUCCUCAACUUCCAGCUGCAGAUGGAGCACGACGAGAACACGUUUGAGCUUGAGACGGGGGAUCUGCUGCAGUGGGUGCAGGACAAGAUUGCGUGGCUGCAGCGGCGCGACUUCCCCAACUCGCUCGAAGGCGUGCAGGAGGCCAUGCACGACUUUAAGGAGUACCGCGUGAAGGAGAAACCACCCCGAUUCGUUGCAAAGGGAAAUCUCGAAGCGGCGCUCUUCACCAUCCAGAUGAAGCUCAGGAGCGGGAACCGAGUCAGAUACCAGGUGCCGCAAGGGCGCGAUGUCGCCGCCAUCAACUCGCACUGGGACCGACUCGAGAAGGAGGAGCACGAACGCGAGAUUGCCAUGCGCGAGGAGCUGCGGCGACAGGAAAAGCUGCUGGAGAUUUCCAAGACUUUUCACCGCAAAGCCGAUCGCCGUGAGGACUGGGUUUCAGAGACUCUCGACAGGGUCACGGAUGAAUCGUUUGGAUCAUCGCUCGCAGAAGUCACGGCGUCCCAAAAGAAGGAGGACAUGAUGAACACGGAGAUUGACGCGUACGAAAAGAGGUUGCAGGCACUCGACGAACUGCACCAGCAGCUGCAGGAUGGAAGCUUCAACGAUGUGGAGGCCGUGAGCGGGCGUGUGGAGGAUCUUCGUGAGGAGUGGGAGGAUUUGCUGCAGCAGAUGCGUGAGCGCGGCGUGAAGUUGAGCGAGUUGCACGACCUGUUUCGCGUCUACGCCGAGAUUGAGGACGCCGUCCUUUUUAUCGAACGCACGAGUAACGCCAUCGUCACCGCGCCCGCAGGCAAAGACGUCGACGAGGUUGCAGAGUUGCAGGAGAAGCACACGCAUGUGCAGACGGACAUUGACGCAAUGGCCAAGGCCACUGGUGCGCAACUGGCUGCAGCCGUGACGCAAUUCACAAAGUCCAACCACUCCAAAGUCGAUCUGAUCGUGCAGAAGCAGACCGAGAUUACAUCAGCAUUUGAGACGCUUCGCCAACAAGCUGCAGAGCGCGACGCUCUGCUCAAGCGAUCCAUGCUCGUCUGCGCAUUCAUGCAGGACGUGCAAGAAGAGCGAUCGUGGAUCAUCAACACGAUGCCGACCGCUGCAUCGAAGGACGUCGGCUCGUCUCUCACAGCCGUGCACAAGAACAUCAAGCGCCACCAGAUGUUGCUUGAUGAGAUCUCUGGGCGCGACCGCGCGUCGUAUUCAAAGGUGAUGGAGACGGGGCGCGCCCUUGCACAGCAGAAGGAUGCGUACGAGCCACAGAUUCUGACGGCGCUGCGUGCCCUCGAGGAGCUGUGGAAGGAACUCCAAUACGGCGCACAGCAACGCGAGAUUGGCCUGAAAGUUGCGCUGCGUGCGCAGGAGUACCUCGUUGCUGCCAACGACGCCGAUUCGCGCAUGAGCGAGUUUGAGCCGCAGGUGACCAGCACGGACUACGGGCACGACGAGCACACCAGCCAGGCGCUCCUGGACCGCUUCAACGCCGUGCAGGAAGACAUCACCACGUUCAGCAAGGUGAUGCAACACCUUGCGCAGCUCAGCCAGGAGAUUGCGGGCAUGCCCAAACCGGACAAAGUGUCCGCUGCGCCGACGCCCGCCGUGUCCGCACAGGGCAGUCAGCAGCGCCUCACAGCGCCAAAGCCGACCGCUGAGCGAGUAGUUGCGACACAGGACUACACGGCGCAGCGCGGCAAGGAGUUGUCGUUCACAAAGGGCACUGUCUUCACAGUCAAGGCGAAACGCGAUUCUGGACUGUGGAAGGUUGAGGACGCGCACGGCAGCAUCGGCAUGAUUCCAUCAGCGCUCGUGGUUGCCGCACCACAAGAGGACGAAGACGCUGCUUCGCAGCCCAAACCGCGGGCCAGUCCACCACGCCCCGCCCUUAGUCGCGCCCAGAGCAUUGCGGCAGACCUCGCCUUUCCCAAUCACGUCGUCGGCGUGACCACGCGCCAGGCUGCGCUUGACGCGCGCUAUCACGACCUGCAGCAGCGCGCACAGCAGCGUGCGUUGGCUCUGCGCGACAGCACAAGUUUUCACUCGCUUCAGCGGGACAUUGGCGUGCUCGUUGACUGGCUGGAGGAGAAGCGGCCCAUCUACGAGUCGGUGGACAUUGGGCACAACGGCGAGCAGCUGGGCCUGAUCAAACGCAAGUUUGACGCGUUUAUGCAGGAGUUGCUUGGCAAGGAGUCGGCGCUUGCAGCCAUCAACUCACGCGCAGAGGAGCUCUUGGCUGCAGCACACACGCAGUCGGACAAGAUCGUUGCCGAGCAAGACCACGUCAACGCUCUGUGGAAGGAGGUGGACGCCAAGGCUGCCACACGCCAGCAGCAGCUUGAGGAAGCGCACGAGACAUUCGAGUUCCGUGAGCGCGUGGAAGAGUUACAGGAGUGGAUCCGAGAGAAGCUUGCCAUCAUGCCAGAGGACCUUGGCCGCGACGUCAGCAGCGUCCAUGCACUGCAGCGCCAGCACGAGGCGUUCAAGUCUGAGAUUCAGCCCAUUGACGGGGAGGUGGGCGACCUGAUGGCGAAGAACGCCGCUGCCGACGUGCAGCGCAGUGAGCUCUUGCAGCUCUUGCAGCAGCACCUCGAAGGCCUCAACGCAAAGGCCCAGGAGAGGCAGGCCAGGAUUGCCGCUGCACUCGACCUGCAAGUCUUCCUACGCGACUACCAGACCGCCGACGCGUGGCUGGCCGGUCUGAGCGCGGACAUUGCCGGGUCUGAGCUGCACAGCGAUCUGACCAGCGCGGAGGUUGCCCUGGAGCAGCACGACGGCCUCAAAGCCGAGAUGGACGCGCGCUUCCCCUGGUACACGCAGGUGGCCGACCGCGGCACGGCGCUGGUGCAGGAGGGCCACUUUGCAGCCGACGACAUUGGCGACAAGUCAAACGCCCUGCGCACGACUAUGGCGGAGGCAGCAAAGGCGUGGGAAGAGAAGCGACACCAGCUGCAGCAGUGCUUUGACCUGCGGCGCUUUGAGGCCGCCACGGCUCGGGCGGGCGCAACCCUGGACCGCUUGGAGAGCGAUCUGGCGACGACGGCCGUGGGUGACAGCCUUGAUGAAGUGCAGGUGUUGCAGAAGACGCACGCCGGGGUACAGCAGCGGAUUGCCGCGUCCACCGACGAGGUGCCCGGUGUUGUUGCCGCGUGUGAGGCCAUGCUUGCCGACAACCACUACGAGAGUGCAGCCAUCAAGUCCAAGUCUGACGAGCUCGUGGCGCGGCGGCGUGCCGUUGAAGAGCGAGCGAGCGAGCGGGCACUGCGGCUGCAGCACUCCGCGACGCUGCAGGCGUUCCUGCGUGACGCCGGAGAGGUCGAGUCGUGGCUGGCAGACAAGGAGAAGAUGGUGGCGGAGCGCAACUACGAGGACAAGCUCAAUCUCAAGGGAAAGCUGCAGCGUCACAAGCUGCUGGUGCUGGAGAUGGGCACAAACGAGGAUGUGCUGUGCGAUCUGGAGAAGCGGGCCGGGGCCGCUGCAGAGGACCGCAAUUACGCUGCGGGCGACAUGCGCGAGCGCGCUGAUGCGCUGCGUACGCGGUUUGAAGCUUUCCGCGCCGCGUGCGAGGAGAAGACAGCGCGCAUCGAGGAGGCCAUUGCCGAGCAGGACUUUGCGCGCUCCGCCGCGGACUUUGACCUGUGGUUUGAGCAGGUGCAGGCGCAGCUUGCGGAGACGGACGUCGGGGGCGACCGCAUUGCCGCUGCGCAGCUGCUAAAGAAACACCAGCAGCUCAUGGCCGAUGUCGCCGCGAAACAGCAGGUGGUUGAUCUCAUUUCGUCCAGUGCGGAGGCCCUCAUCGCUGCCGGGAACUACGAAAGCGAGAGCAUUGCGCAGACGCGCAAGCACGUGGGCGAGCGGUACGCCUCGCUGGAGGAGCCGUGCAGCGUGCGGCUCAAGGCACUUGAGGACUCGCUCGCGUGGCAGACAUACCUGAGCUCGUUCCGCUCGGAGAAGGCGUGGAUUGACGAGCGCUGGGAGCGCGCACACGCCAGCAACGUUGGCGACAACCCCGCCGACGCGCAGUCGCUGCUGAAGAAACACCAGGCGUUUCACGCAGAGGUGUUGCCACACGAGGAUCUGAUUACUGCCGCGGUGGAGGCGGGCGAUGCGCUGGUGCCGGACAACGCGCACAGCGAGAAGAUCUAUGAGCACAACGAGGAGCUGACCAAGGCCUUCCAGGACCUGGUGGAUGCAUCGAGCGACCGCCUUCGCGUGCUGAUGGAGAACAACUCCGCACAGCACUACUUUGCGCAGUGCACGGACGCGCUCGAGUGGUGCCGCGCACAUGAGGCGGCGGCGGGUAGCACGGAGUACGGCGAGGGUGAGGAGAGCGCGACGGCGGGGCUGCUGGCCAAGCACGAUGCCCUGUCUUCAGACCUCAGCGCGCACCGCGUGCUGACGCAGGAGCUUGUGGACCAGGGGCGUGGCCUGAUGGAGGCCGGCAACUUUGACCAGGAGCGCAUUGCGGCGCAGAUGGCGGCGGUGCAGGAGGCAAUCGACCGCCUCACGGCCGACGCGAGCAAGCGCAAGACCGCGCUGGAGCAGCGCAUGCUGUUUCACCAGUUUGUGCAGGACUGCAACGAUUCGCUGGCGUGGCUGGACAAGAGCCUGGAGACGGCGCGCUGUACGGACAUUGGGGAGGACCAGGACCACUGCGAGGUGCUGCGGGAGCGCUUUGACGACUUUGCGCAGUCUGUGCGGGCCAACGAACACGACAUGGUGCACAAGCCGGUGGCGCUGAGCGAGGAGCGCUCGGCGCACGUGGACGGGCCUCGCAUGCUUGACCUUGCGCAGCAGCUGUCCAUGCGCCUGAAGGAGCUGCAGGCGGCGAUGGCUUCGCGUGAGACGCAGCUCAACAACGCCACGGAGGUGCACACGUUUGUGCGCGAGACAUCUGAGCUGCUUGCGCGCGUGGAAGAAAAGCACGGCCCCGCGCGCUCGCAGGAGUAUGGCAGUGAUCUUCCCGCCGCAGAGUCGCUCAAGCGCUUGCACGACCGCUUCGAGCUGAGUGUACAGGCGCUGCGCGGCGCUGUUCGGCAGCAGGCGGAGAAGGCCGACGCGCUCGCCCCGCGCCACCCCGCAAGCAGCGGGCGCAUUCUGGACAUGAAGCAGCGGCUGCAGGAUGCGUGGCAGCAGCUGUUGGAUGCGACGGCAGCGCGCAAGACGGCGCUGGAGGCGUCGAACCUGCUGCACCAGUUCCUCACGCAGCAGCGCUACAUGGUGUCGUGGAUUGGCGAUAUGGCUGCGCAGGUGAACGCGCACGAGCGGCCAACGAGCGUGGACGGCGCAGAGAAGGCCCUGGAGCUGCAUGCCACAUACAAAUCUGAGAUUGACACGCGGCGUGUGGGCUUUGACGAUCUGGUUUCGUUUGGGCAGCGGCUGCUCGAGACACAGCCGCAGCACGUGGAGGCUGUGUCGUCUGGCCUGGACGCGCUGCGCACGGCGUUUGCCUCCCUCACCCAGCAGUGGGAGGAGGUGCGUCGCGCGCUGCACCUGGCCAAGGACGCGCUCGUGUUUGAGCACGAGACGCAGGCGCUUGAGGCGUGGCUGCAGACACAGGAGUCGCUGCUGCUUGGGGACGACGCACUGGAGGCCGCCGUCGACGCUGGCGGCGAUGUGGACGUUGACGUUGACGCGCUGUUGGACAAGCACGGCGAGCUGGAGGCGUUGCUGGACGCUCACACGGGCAAGCUGCACAGCCUGCGACGGCUGACGAAGUUUGAGGAGGAGUCUUUGCAGCAAGAUGCCAUUCAUCAGCACUACCAGCGCUUUGAGCAAGAGGAUCGCGCUGAGCAGGAGCGCCGUGCAGAGCGGCAGCGGCAGGAGCAAGCCGAACAACUUCAGCAACAGCAACUGCUGGAGGCGGAGAUGCAGCGACAGCACGAGUUGGAGGAAGCAAUGCGGCAAGAGCGGGAGAAGCAGGCCGCGCAAGCCGCACAGGAGGACACCGCCCGCGCAAAGGCGACAGCGGAAGCGAUUGUACAGCAGGAGAAGCGGCGCGCCACACAGCUGGCGGAGGAGUUGGUGACGGCUGCGGCAUCCGCCCGCGCAAAGCUGGCAGAGAAACGUGCUGCAGAGGAGCAGUUGCGGUCUCGUGAGCAGAAGGUGGUGGAGGCUGAGCGCCGUGCAAGCCUCUCUGGCACGCGGGUCAUGCGAACACAGCGGGCAUCGGACUUUCUGCCACGCAUGCCGCUGCCGAGUGACGGCGGGAACACGACGACAACCGCCAGCACGCCGUCAACAACGCGCGCAACGUCAACAUCGUCUACACUCGCACGGGACGCGGACGCACCCGCGCCCGGCGCCACCCUGGCAAGCGAGCCUGCCGGCAGCAACGCACGCGCCCCCCUGAACGGGGCCCCCUCAAUUAAUGGCGGACACGCGCACGCGAGCGCCGGCGCAGAAUCGAGGGAGGAGGAUGACGAGGGCGAGGAUGAGGACAUUCAGGCUGUGUUGUCGUACCCGAGCCAGCUCAACCCGGGCUCACAGCGAUAUGUGAUGGCGGCAGAUGGAAAGAUGUCAUCGUCGUCCCUCAACACAGAGUACUCUGCACUAUCGUCACGCAGCGAGCUGCCCCCACACAUGCUGGACUCGCAGGCGGCGCGAGCAGAGCACGGGCUGUCCACGCUGUCCAUCUCCUCCUCGCCUUCUGUGCCGCGCCGUGCUAACACCAGUUCGGCAGCAGACUCGCUCGUGCCCGAUGAUGAUCCGCCACCGCUUCCGGAGGACGAAGUGCCAGACAUUCCGCUGGACGAAGAUGAGGAAGUGUAAAUCCACCCUGCUUUUUCUUUGCAUGCAGUUGCGUGCAGUUGUACAUUGUGGCGUGUGAGUGUGUGUGAAAGUGUGUGAAGGUGUGUGUGUGCGUGUGUGCGUGUGUGUAAGCGUGUGUUUGUUUUUUCAUGUCCAUGGCACAACGGCACUGCGAUUCGGUUGGAUGGUGUUAUGUUACACGGCUGACUUGGUGAAGGCUUGAGCUUUUGUUGUUUCUUUCGACGUGCCGGGAUGUGAUGAGCAAAGCCACGCGCUUUGCUUCCUUGGGCCUUUUAAUUGUGUAUGUUCUUUUCAUUGUGUGUUGGCACCAUUUAAUUUUUCCCUCACAAACAAGUGCGAGCAAGCUUGAACUGAUGAGGAACACGUAACAUCGGUGGUUAUCCAACGACAACAAUUCCAUACAACCCAACC